AUAGAGACAUUCAAAACUUAUCCUUUUUUUGAACAAACAACUGUGAUAUUACUGUAAAAUAUGGGCGAACACGUUACACCUUUGGAGGACAAAUGGGAAAAAGUUCUGUUUAAAAAAAGCAGUUUUCCGGAUAAUUACACUGAUCCUAAAUUUCUAGACGAGAUCAAACGUAACGUGCAUUUUAAGCCGAUCGACACACGAACAGCAUUGUUGAAAUCGACUCGAAUAUCCACACAGAUCAGUGUUACAGUUAUAUUUUGGGCUGUUUUUCUCCAACUUAAAGAUGGCAGUGCAAUCUGGGAAGUGACUUAUGGAAUAUUUUCUUUCAUCAUCAUUGCUGCCUAUGUGGUCUCUUUCCGUUUCAACAACAUUUUACCAGUCCUGAAAAAUGUUUUUCUUUUCAUAGCUGUGGGCUAUGGUUGCACACCUGUGCUCAAAACAUUGACAGACACCAUUAGUACAGAUUCCAUCUAUGCAAUGAGUGUAGUUCUCAUGUUGGUGCACAUUGCCUUUCAUCAAUAUGGCAUGGAUGGAGUUUGUGUGUCUCCUUAUGUCUCCCUUAACGCAGCCAUCUGUGGAGCAAUAUGCCUGGCAUCAAGACUUCAAGAAACAAGACAUGCCUUUGCAUUGUUAACUUUGGCUGUGCAAGCGUUUGCUCUAUUCCCUAAAUUGUAUGAAGUACUCAACUACACCCUAAUUGCAUUCAUAAUUUUGACUGCUGGUGCUUUUUGCUGUAUGAUUUCUAUCUCUCUGGUUUCAGCUAUACUGUUCCUCCUCUCAAUAUUUUGUGUGAAUCUAAUUUUCCCAUUGUGUUUUGUUUGGGCUCAGCAAUAUAAAAACAACAUUUAUGGCCCAUGGGAUGAGGCAAUGAUUUUUAACAGAUGAUCUUCAUUCAAAAUACUUUGUACAUGUACAAUAAAUAAAUUAUG